AAAACAUUACACUUCUAACAAUACUGUAACAAACUUGGACAAGAUUGAUUGACAAAGAUUGCUUAUUUGUUUUUGUAUUAUCGUAAAGUUAUUUAUCAAAUGUUAUUACAAUAACCUUUCAUUAUCAUCAUAAUAACCAUCAUUUACUAUAAAUCAAUUUCUACCUCUUCAAGCCAUAGGAUUUUUAAAUUUUGUUGUUUACUCAAAAUGUUUCCAUCGACAUAACAGUUAUUUUCAUUUACCUGGUGCUAAAGUUUCAAUUGAACAAACAGCUGUAAAAUUGGAUAAACGGGCAAUUCGUGAUAUUAAUUCAUCUUUCUGUGACUGUAAAUCAAUCUCUUGAACUUUAAAAUAAUCACCGGUUAAUAAAGAUGUUAGGCAAAUACUGUUUGCUAUUGAUAUUUUCAUGUCUCUUUGCUGUGCGAUCAUCUGUUCACUCACGCCGCUAUAAGCCAACAUGGGAAUCAAUUGAUUCGCGACCUUUACCUGAAUGGUAUGAUAAUUCAAAAAUUGGAAUAUUCAUUCACUGGGGAGUUUUCUCAGUUCCUGCAAAGCAAAGUGAAUGGUUCUGGUGGGACUGGAAGGGACUUAAUAACCAAAAACUGAUUGACUAUAUGUCACUAUAUUACAAACCCAACUUUUCUUAUGCCGAGUUUGCUCCUUCAUUCACCGCUAAACAUUAUAAUCCCGAUUAUUGGGCCUCAGUUUUCAAAGCUGCUGGAGCUAGAUACGUGGUAUUGACUAGUAAACAUCAUGAAGGGUUCACUUUGUGGCCAUCUAAAACCUCCUGGAAUUGGAAUGCAAUGGAUAUAGGACCUAAACGUGAUUUAGUUGGUGAAUUGGCCACUGCGAUUCGUAAAACUGACAUCAGAUUUGGACUCUACCACUCGCUGUAUGAAUGGUUUAAUCCCUUAUUUUUGAGCGACCAAGCUAACAAUUUUAGUACCCAAUUAUUCCCUAAAACUAAAACUAUUCCUGAACUGUAUGACUUGGUGAACACUUAUAAGCCAGAGAUAAUUUGGUCAGAUGGAGAUUGGAAUGCCACCGAUGAAUACUGGACUUCAAAGGAAUGGAUUGCUUGGCUGUAUAAUGAAAGUCCUGUCAAAGACACGGUUGUUAUCAAUGAUCGUUGGGGAAGCGGAAUCAUUUGCAAUCACGGAGGUUACCUUACAUGUUCAGAUCGUUUUCUUCCUGGAUCAUUGCAACAAAGAAAAUGGGAAAAUGCAAUGACUUUAGAUAGACAUUCUUGGGGUUACGUUAAGCAAUCAACAACCGCUGAUUAUUUGACUUAUAAAGAAAUCAUUGCUACUCUGGUUAAAACUAUCAGCUAUGGAGGUAACUUGUUGAUCAAUGUUGGACCAACCGCGGAAGGAACUCUGCCCCCAAUUAUGGAGGAAAGGUUACGGCAAAUGGGUAAUUGGUUAAAGGCUAAUGGAGAGGCAAUUUACAAUACCCAACCCUGGGUAUAUCAAAAUGAUACCUUAACCAAAGAUGUUUACUACACUGAACCUAAAUACUCGGAAGAAUCAUCAGCUUAUGCGAUAUUUUUGGAUUGGCCAGCAAACAACCAUCUAGAGCUUGGUGCAGUUUCUGCAAACGGUAACAAAACAGAGAUCAAUUUCAUCGGGGCUGAUGGUAGUUAUACGCCUUUGGUUUGGUCUAAACGUGGUUCGCAUAUCAUUGUCCACCUCAAUCCAAUUAUUUCGGAUCUUUGGGGUUGGGUACUUGUAUUAUCCCAUGUUGUUCCGAUAUAGUUGAUCUAAUCACCAUUUGACUAUUGUAUUGAUGAUCAUUUCUGUUUCCUAUUUUGUAUGUUUACGUGUUUCCUUUAUUAUAACAAGCGACUUUAAAUAAAUAGAAAUGAUAAACCAUUUUCUUUAAUUAA